CCAUGAAUUGAAAACCUGGGCAUGAGUCAAAAGUAGCGCAAACCAUAUCCAUAACCGUCCCUUCUUUAUCUCUCUCAACCUUCCAACUAAAUCAUCGGCAGAUACUUGCCGGAGUAAGAAAAAAAUGGAGCUUUGCAGCUCUGCUACGAUACCCGCGCUCCGACCACUCAAACCCACCAAUUUCUCUCCUUCGUCCUCUCUCUUUCUCUCCGGUUCUCCACUCCCACCUAAAUUUACAUGUUUUGGAACCAAAAGAAUAUGCAUAUCACAUACGUCGUCUUCUCUUUACCGACAAUUCCCUGUUCAGCUGCUACAGCCUCUGAGAACUCGAAUUCGCUCUAUGGCUGCUGCAUCGCCAGCUUCUUACAAUACCAUCGAAGACAAGCUUCCAGCUAGUCUUGGGGUUACGGAGAGAGAAGAACCCAAUUCCAGAAUGAGAUUGAACGUUGAGGUACCUCCUGCUGUGUGCGAGGAUUGUUACAAAAGGGUCUUAAAUGAGUUCAUGAAGCAAGCAAAGAUACCAGGAUUUCGUCCUGGGAAGAAAGUCCCGGAAAAUGUAUUAAUAAGUUAUAUAGGACAGGAUAAUAUCCGGAAGGCCACAAUUGAAUCUAUUUUAAAGAGAACCCUUCCACAUGCCGUUUCUUCUGUAACCGGAAAGGCCUUGAAAGACUCUAUUCGAAUAGCUUCUAAUUUCUCUGACAUGGAAGAAGCCUAUUUAAAUCAGAAUUCUCUUAGGUAUGAUGUCAUUGUUGAUGUGGCACCAGAAGUCAAAUGGAUCCCUGAGGAUGGUUACAAGAAUUUGAAUAUUGUAGUUGAGAUAGACAGUGACAUAGAAGCUGACAAAGCUGCAGAGAGAGAGUUAAGGCGGCGCUAUAAAUCUCUAGGUGUUCUAAGAAUUGUAAUUGACAGGGGCCUACAGAUUGGUGAUGUUGCUAUCCUCAAUAUAUCAGCAACAACAAGUGGUGAAGAUGAAUCAAAGAUUGAAACUAUUCCAGCUGCAGAAACUAAAGGUUUCAAUCUUGACACAGAGGAUGGAGAUAAACUUAUUCCUGGAUUUCUGGACUCAAUAAUCGGUAUCAAGCAGGCUGAAAGUAGGACUUUCCCCCUCAUUUUCCCUGAAUCAUGGGAAGAAGAUAAUCUCCGAGGUGUUUGUGCUCAAUUCACGGUUGAGUGCAAGGAACUCUUUUACAGAGAACUACCAACUUUGGAUGAUUCAAUUGCAGAUAAACUUCUUCGUGGAUGCACAACCCUUGGGCAGGUCAAGGAAGCGAUACUACAAAAAUGCCUUGAAGUUGAGCAAACUGCCAAGGAACAAAUAACAGACAAUGCCAUUCUUGACCAGCUUUGCAAGAUGAUUGAGGUGGAAGUACCUCAGUCUUUGUUUGAGGAACAAGGGAGGCAGUUUUAUGGAGCUAAGCUACUUGAGAUUCAGGCAAACGUGAAAUUGACUGAAGAUCAGUUGGCAUCUCUAUCAAGUCCAAGGGCGGUAAAAGAGUAUUUGGAUAACCAAGAGGUUAACAUAAAAAAUGUAAUAAAGCAAAAUCUUGCCGUUGGAGAUAUCUUCAAGCGUGAGAAUUUGCAGUUUUCCACGGAUGAACUAGUGAAGGAGGUGGAAAAUUCCAUAGAGGAAUUCAAACGCCACAAGCAAGACUAUGAUGAAGAUCGCGUAAAGGACCAGGUCCAAGAAAUACUUGAAGGUUCAAAGGUGCUGGAGUGGUUGAGAGAACAUGCAGAUAUCCAGUAUAAGACAAGAUAGUGGGAAGAAGCUUUGAUCACUGCCAUUGUCAAACAAUGGAGCUAAAAUGGAGAAAUGACAGAAGCUUAUAACAUAAUAGUUGGAUUCUUGAGUUUUAUCAGCAACCAUGAAAUGAGGGAAGCUGCGGAUUUUGAAUUGGGCAGCAAAGGUUGGUUUUUUCAGGAUUUUCUAUCUUCAUUCUGUUUUACUUGGAACCGAGAUUUGUUAGAACAGGAAUGCGUUUAAGCUUUUAUUAGAAUUAGCCUCCAACUGAUCCCAGCUUAUUUAUGGACCAUGUUCAAAUACAAUUUUAUGCAUUUCUCCUCUGGUCAAUUUCAAUUUUCAUAAAGCCUUUACUU